UUCUUUCCCCACCACCACGCACAACUUUUCAACUCUCUCUCUCUCUCUCUCUCUCUCUCUCUGUGUGACAGAGCCAGCUUGUUUCUUAUACUAUUAAACAGCUAGUCAUGUUCCCCAACACAAAUACCUAACUAACAAAGAUCAUAAAAUGACCUUAGAUUAGUCUUCUUCAUCUUCUUCUAGUAUACCCUUCUUCCCCUUUUUCCCACUUAGAUAUGUCAAGAUUUUUCCUUACUUGCCCUACAAACACAUGUAUAUUUUUCAUAUGACGCAUUCAGACUCAGAUCACAGAAGGUUCGGCAGGGACGAAACAAUCAAACUGCUACAUAAAAAGGGUUGCAAAGAAGAAAUACAAAGCCAUGUCGUGCAGAAAUAUCUGUACUCUUAGCCACCACAAGACAAGUACUGUACCUCAAGGUCAUGGACACGGCCUUCUUAUUCGAUGAAAGCAGCCGUGCCAACUUCUUUCAGUUGAUAAUGCAAUCUAUUCCAUACACUUACAUUUGCCUAUGGUCAAAUUGGCCCCAAUCAUCUAGCUUCUUAAGUUAUAUGGAUGGAUUCUUUAAUGAAGAAAACAACCAACCUAGCUCUUCUUCUGGGACUCAAGCUCGGAGGCUUUUUGAGGAGUACCGGCAAUCAGUUUUCACGGUCGAAAAUGAAUGUGUUCCAGGACUCGCUUUCAAGAAUAGUCGACCUUACUUAGAGUUGCAAGAAGUGCACCUUCAAAGAUUCGCAUCAAAAGUAGUACAGAGACAAUUCUAUCAGGCAGCAGGGAUUAAGACUGCAAUUUUUAUGGGAUGCAAGAGUGGAGAGAUUGAGAUAGGCUUCUCCAACGUGCCUGCUGAGAUUGACAUUGAAAAGGAAUUGAGAAGUUGGUUUACUGAAGAUUUCUCAAGGCAAUUUUCCCCACUUAGGCUACCAGAUCCAAACCCACCUUCAUCAUCUUCAUCAUUAUCCAUGGAUAGCCCCGAGUACUCAUCCCUUCUAUUCAACAUUCCAAACACAACCCAUCUUCCAGAAACCCUUAGAGAGGUUGUUAAUCCUACAUUGCAACAAAUUCCAACACCUAGUCCACACCAAGCAGCCAUGCAAGAGUAUGCUAGACUCCAAAACAUUCAGCUCCCAAACCCCGAAACCGAAGCAGCUGCAAUUACAAGAGCCAUCUUCAAUGUUCUAACUUCACCUUCUUCUGCUUCUUCAUCACAACAACCCCACACAAAUUUACCUUAUAGUCACCAGGUAGUUUCCAAAUUUAGUGCAUUCAAGAGAUAUGCCUCGCCAUUAGGACCAAGAACGACCCAAGUGAGAGCCAAUUUAGGCCAGCAAAGCAUGAUGAAGAGAUCAUUUGCAUUCUUUAAAAGCUUAAAUUAUAUGAGAGUUAGUGCACGUAUCCAAGCAAGUCGCCCCACAACCACUCAAUUGCACCAUAUGAUCUCAGAGCGCAAAAGGCGUGAGAAACUCAAUGAAAGCUUUCAAGCAUUGAGAUCAUUGCUUCCUCCAGGAACUAAGAAAGACAAGGCAUCGCUGCUUGCUACAACAAGGGAGUAUUUGAGUUCUUUGAAAGCUCAAGUUGAAGAGCUUAAUAGAAAAAACCAGCUCUUGGAGGCGCAUCGUCUACCUGCCAAAGAAGCUAAGGAAGAGGAAACUAGUUCCUCAAAUGAAAGGCUCAUUGUUCGGACUUCACAAGUCUCGGAAUCAACCUCAUCGGAGGAGCGCAUUGUUGAUUUGCAAGUGAUUAUAAGAGGUGAAUGUCCAAUGGUGGAUAUUCUGAUUCGCAUUUUGGAAUUCUUGAAGCAGGUUAAGAAUGUAAGCUUGCAGUCCAUGGAGACCAAUACCCGGAUAAUAGAGUCAAGCUCCAUGAAUCACAUUAUUUUGAGAUUAAGAAUUGAGGGGCCCGAAUGGGACGAGUCUGCCUUCCAGGAAGCCGUGAGAAGGGUUGUUGCUGACCUGGCACCAUGACAAUUGAACCAAUCCCUCUUUUUGCCACGUGUGUGAGACGUUGAAUAUAGUCAAAAAUUAAUUUUAAUCCUAUGGCGGCUCCCUAUCAUUGUCAAUUGUUACUUUUCUUUAUUUCAGAUAAUUACUACGCCUCUUCAUCACCGCCUCCAAUUUUGAGAUCACUUAUUGUAUUGAAUUUCACAAUCAGUGCCUUGUUAGCACAUUUUUGAUAGCCACCCAUAUGGAACUAGAAGCAAUUAAUGUAUAAAUAAAUAUUUGACACUUUUUGGUUUA